GUAAAACUAAGCAUGAAAUCAUGAGAGCUCUUUCCAAUUCCCUGGAGAGGAAUUCAGCAUAAACUCAAUUUUGUUCCCAUUAUAACGUGUGAAAUCUAUUUCAGGCUGAGAAGGUGAUAGAAAGCCCUUCUUGCUGGACUUCUAUGCUACUUUGCGUAAUAUUGAUUUAUUUCUCAUCUAUUAGAUUAGGCCACACGUUGAGGGUAUGGUCUAUUGUCAUAUUUAUUUUUGUGGAAGGAUUGCACACUGGGAAUAAAUAGUAGGUGCUUAAUAAAUGCGUGGACCACUUCCAAUGAUAUAAAAUGCUUUACAAUACAGAAAUGAGUAUUACCACUAUUCUAUUAUUAGCAAAGUUUCUGAUUCCUUAGGGGUACCUGCAUUUCGACUUUGUGUAUCCUUCUUGGCAGACACGUCAGCUACAUGGGACAAGACAACCACACAAGUGUAUCAGAAUUCCUCCUUCUGGGACUUUCGGAGAGACCAGAGCAACAGUGGCCCCUCUUUGGACUCUUCCUGAGCAUGUACACGGUCACCAUAGUUGGGAACCUGCUCAUCAUUCUGGCCAUUUAUUCUGACUCCCACCUCCACACCCCCAUGUACUUCUUCCUUUCCAACCUGUCCAUCGUGGAUCUGUGUCAGGCAUCCACCACAACGCCUAAGAUGUUGAUAAAUAUCCUGACGCACAGCAAGGCCAUCCCCUACGCUGGCUGCCUCAUCCAAAUGUAUUCUUUUCAUCUGUUUGGAACUAUGGACAGCUUUCUCCUUGCCGUGAUGGCCUAUGACCGUUUUGUGGCCAUCUGCCACCCACUGCGCUAUGCGACCAUCAUGAGCCCUCAGCUCUGCAUCCUGUUUGUAGGGGGACCUUGGGGUAUCACCAACCUUCAGUCGGUGGUGCACACCUCCCUGAUGGCAAAGUUAACCUUCUGCGCAGACAACAAAAUCCCCCACUUCUUUUGUGACCUCAUGCCCCUGCUGAAGCUCUCCUGCUCUGACACCCACAUCAAUGAGCUGGUGGUUUUAGUCUUUGGCAUCUUCAUGGGCAUAAGUCCCCUGGUGUGCAUUCUUCUCUCCUAUAUCUGCAUUUUCCGUGCUGUUCUGCGGGUCCCCUCCGCUGAGGGAAAACGCAAAGCCUUCUCCACCUGUGGUUCUCACCUCACUGUGGUCUUACUGUUUUAUGGGACCAUUUUUGCGGUGUACCUGCAGCCCUCAGGACCCACUUCCCCGGAGAAGGACAAGGCAGCUGCUGUGAUGUGUGCAGUGGUCAUACCCAUGCUGAAUCCCUUCAUCUACAGCCUGAGAAAUAGGGACAUGAAGGGGGCUUUAAGGAAACUGAUCAGCAGAACACCAUCCUCACAGUAA